UGGAGUUAUCGUGUGCACGCCACAUAGGACGCAAGUGAGUUUUGUAUAAGUUUCUGCUAGCCAGGAAGAAAUGCAUUGAAUUUAAAAGAAAGGCCGAAGUCGGAUUUGGUCUUAGUGCUGGUGCAAAAUAUAUUUGUGCUAAAAGAUUUGCUUAAAAUACCUUUGAAUGGUAGCUAAAAUGUGCACCUCCCUAAAUAUUUUGUUUACUCAAAUGUUAAGUGUUGGCUUUACUGCGGUCGGAAAAUAUGUUUUGUGUUAAAAUGCGUUGAAUUUGAUAACAAAUGAUAACUUUAUAAAUUGGAAUAUAUAAUAAAUAGUGUGUGAAGCCAAAAUGGUGCAUAUUUUUGUUUUAUUGUUGCAAUAAGUAGCAAGAUGGAUGUUUGAAUUGAAACUCAUAUUAAGAUUUAACGCAACAAAUUCAGGAUACUUUUUUAUAUAUGCAAAGUUUGGAAGUGCUAUCUUUUAGUAUAUGAUGGAAUACACAUCUAUAUUUAAGCACUGAAACUAUCUUCUUGUUUGGAGCAAAUGAUAAACAAGGCAGCUAAGUUCGCUGUGGAUAUAUAACUGGGAUAAAAACAAGUUAUCAUGAAUAUAUAAUCGAAUAAAGGACUGAAUUAAUACUAUAAGAAUGAUCAAGAAUCUUCAUUAGUAAUUGAUUUAAAAUAAUAUUUUCACCAAAAUCUAAGAUGCAAUUAAUAAUUUGAAAAAAAAGAACUAUUGUAACAAUAAUCAAAUAUUUGAAUGUACAUAUAUAAAUGUAAAUGAAAUAGUUUCAAAAUGGUCGUUAAACGUACUUACAAUAGUAAAAUAUCAUUAUGCGUUCAGCCAAGAAAAAAUAAUUCGAUUUUUUACUAUGUUUAUUGUUACAUAUUAUGUUGUGCAUUAUUUCAUAUACAAAUGUCAGAGUCCUCCGUAACUCGAACCAAUGACAUAAUAAAUAAUAAAAGCCAUUCAAUAUUUGAAUUAAAUAAAACAACGACACAGUACAUUUCUAAUGAUAUUGCUGCGCAGUUCAGUUUACCAGUAGUACAUGUAAUAAGUGGUGUCAGUACGAAUGAAAGAACCGUCACAAGCAUUAUUUCAACGACAACUGCUACUUUGAAUAUGCCUAAUUCUACAUUGCAUUCGUCGAAUUCAGGCGAUAGAAGUCAACGAAAAAAUUACUUCACACAUCUGGCAUACGACAGGAAAAGAAAUAUAUUUUUUGCCGGUGCAACAAACAAAAUAUUUCAAUUAAACGAAAACCUACGUGUUUUAAAUCAAGCAGAAACUGGUCCCAGGAAUGACUCUCCGCAGUGUCAUGCUGGCGGUUGUCCUGAAGAUAUUGAAACAUCUUUAGUUAAUAAUUAUAAUAAAAUAUUAAUCGUAAAUGGUGCUGUAGAUGAUGGCAUUUUGAUUGCUUGCGGUAGCAUAAGACAGGGUGCAUGUGAUUUUUAUAAUAUUACGCAUUUUCCAUUUGAUUCACGGUUUAUUGCCGUACCUUUGGCAGCUAAUGAUGAAUACGCAACAACUUAUGCUUUCAUUGGACCGGCCCAAUAUUCAAAAUAUUCCAAAGAGGAUAUAUUAUAUGUUGGAACUACGUUUACAAAUGUUGGCGAUUACAGACAUGAUGUCCCUGCCAUAUCUUCACGUCGUUUAGAAGACUUGAAUUAUGCUGAAUUCUCAAUCCAGCAGUCAAUAAUAAAUAUUGAUGUUAAGUACCGUGAUCAUUUUUUAGUUGACUAUGUUUAUGGUUUUAAUUCAUCGGAUUAUGCCUAUUUUCUAUUAGUACAAAAAAAAUCACAUUUAGCUGAAGAAGCUGGUUAUAUAACGCGUUUAGCUCGUAUUUGUAUAACUGAUUCUAACUAUGAUAGUUACUCUGAAAUAACUAUACAGUGUCAAGCAACAGAAGAUAAUAUUGAUUAUAAUAUACUGCGUGAUGCAAAGGUUACAAAGGCUGGUCAGAAAUUAGCACAACAGAUGGGUAUUAAACGUGAUGACCACAUAUUAGUUUCAAUAUUUUCUCCAUCAAAAGAAAUUUCAAACCUUCCCGAAGCGAAGUCUGCAAUGUGCAUAUAUAGUUUAAAAGAAAUUGAAGACAUUUUUACAGAAAAUAUACAUAUGUGCUUUAAUGGAACCAUAAAAGAUCGUAAUCUAGGUUACAUAUCUGGAACUAUUAACGAUGGACGUUGUCCUAUUGCUGGUUCACUUGGCAAUAUUUACAACUUUUGUUCGGUGGGACUUAAAAUAAGUGGAGUUGCGCCAAUUACUGCACAAGCAUUGUUUCAUUUCGAUAACGUUUCUGUAACAUCAGUAACAGCAACCACAACAGGACCACACUCACUUGCUUUUUUAGGUACUGAACUGGGAACAAUAAAAAAAGUCUUAUUAUCUGGCUUAAAUCCUGGUGAAUAUGAAGAAAUAAUUAUUGAUCCUGGAAAUAGCAUUCUACAAGAUACAAUGAUGUCGCCGAAUAAGGAUUUUUUGUAUGUCCUGUCCAAAAAAAAGAUUACUAAACUUCGUAUUGAACAUUGUUCCAUUUAUACGAAUUGCACAUCAUGCCUCGAAUCUCGUGAUCCUUUUUGUGGGUGGUGCUCGCUAGAAAAAAGGUGUACUGUUCGUUCGACAUGUCAAAAAGACACUUCGGCUGCUCGUUGGCUAUCUUUAGGAAGUGGACAACAGUGCAUUGAUUUUGAAUCAAUUGUUCCCGAUAAAAUACCUAUAACUGAACUAUCGCAAGUUAAUUUAAUUAUACGAACAUUGCCUGAACCAUUGAAUGCAAAAUAUCGUUGUGUAUUUGGUAAUUCAACACCUAUUGACGCUGAUGUUGUUGAAAAUGGUUUAGUUUGUAUUACACCUCCAAUAGAGCAACGUCCUUUAAUUAAUGCGAAUAUAGAUCAUGUGUUGGUUCCAUUAUCAGUUCGAAGUUCCGAGACAAAUAAAGAUUUUGUAUCGCGUUCAUUUGCAUUUUAUGAUUGUACUCGUCACAACACUUGUAAGAAAUGUGUCCGCAGUAUUUGGGGUUGCAAUUGGUGUAUUUUUGAUAAUAAAUGUGUCCACAAAAUGGCUCAAUGUCGAAAUAUGGAAAAUGUGAUAAGUAAAGAAGAAUCAUGCCCGCAUUUAAAAGAAACUAGUGAAAAAAUUUUGCUUCCUGUUCGAGUACCAAAAGAAAUUCGACUGGAAAUUAUAAAUCUACCAAAACCAAAAAGCGCUCAUUCAGGUUUCCUAUGUACAGUCCAAAUUGAGGAAGCUCAAAUGUUAUUACCAGCUCGAGUGGAAGGAAAUAAAAUAAUCGUUUGUGAAAAAACUCCAUAUUUUUAUGAAACUAAUACUUAUGAGUAUGAAGCGAAGGUGGAUAUAACUUGGAAUAGACAACAUUAUGUUGAUACGGCAACAAUAACUUUGUACAAAUGUGAUGUAUUAGGAGCGCAUCGCGAUCAGCCUGAUUGUAGUUUAUGUGUAACUCGUGAACCCAAAUAUCAAUGCGCUUGGUGUGGUAACUCUUGCGUUUUUAAUGAAUCUUGCUCAGGUUUAGAUCAGAGCCAACUACAUAUGUCAUAUCCAUUGGUUCGGAUUAAUGAAUGUCCACGGCCAAGGAUUGAUAUGAUAAACCCACUUUCGGGCCCUAUUGAAGGGGGAACUUUAUUAACAAUUGAAGGCAGUAAUUUAGGUGUACGAGAAGAAGAUGUACGCAAUAAAAUAUUUAUUGGAAGUGAACCAUGUGAGUUGGUUAAUUAUGAAAUAUCAGUUAAGAUUGUUUGUCGCACUAGUGCUGUUAGUCAUGAACUAACCGCCCCGAUAAAGGUAGCCAACGAAGCUGGAUUCACAGAAUCAAGCGUUCAAUUUCAGUACAAAGACAUACAAUUAUAUGGAUUAAAUCCAACAAUAGGCCCCAAAUCAGGCGGUACGCAAAUAUUUUUACUAGGAAAAUACCUUAAUAUUGGAUCUCAUAUACGUGCAUACCUCGAUGAAUACGAAUGCCAUAUAAAUUUGACUAAGGCGUCUUCAUCCCGCCUUACAUGCGUAACUUCUGCAGCCACACAACCAGAACCAAUCAGUGCUUUACACUUGAUUGUAGAUGGUGCAAAUCGAUCUUUUACGUGCCAGAAAAAUUUAAACGAACAGCCAAUUGUACACACAGAGCGAAGAAAUUAUGCCUAUCAUUAUCACAUACCACCAAACAGAUUUUGUUCAAUUUUCAAUUAUACGCAGGAUCCACGAAUCAUGGAAAUUAAGCCAUUACUUAGUUUUGCUAGUGGAGGGCGAGUCUUAACUGUACAUGGAUUAUACUUCGACUCUAUACAAAAACCAGAAAUAGAGGUUUUUCAUGAGGACAAGAGAGUCAAUAAGAGUACUUGUGUUGUCAUCGAUUCUAACCGAAUGGAAUGUCCAUCACCAUCGAUUACUGCUGCAUUUGCAGCAUACAGGAGUUAUAUAGCUGAAAAAAAUAAUUUAAAUAUUGCUGCAUACAAAAUGUCUGAAGUACUAUCAACAUCCACUGCUGGUUAUUAUAGCGAAGGUGGAAAUGAUAUUGCAGCAUUUGUAAAAAUCCCAGAGACGCAGUUAAAUUUACAAUUAGCAUUUGUUAUGGAUAAUGUUCAAGGGGUCCGCGAUCUUAGUAAAUACUUCCAAAAUAUUCGUAGCAAUAUUGUGUAUGUAUCAGAUCCAAAGUAUUUGCCCUUCCCUGAUGGAAUCAAGCUGUAUAAAGGUGAUACGUUAGUAAUAGAAGGGGAGCUUUUGAAUGUUGCUGCUGAUGAGUAUGAUGUUAACGUUACUAUAGGUCGCUCUCAGUGUAACAUAACUAGUUUAGCAUUAACACAAUUAGUCUGCAUACCACCAGAAAAACAACCUUCACCUACAGAUGAAAAUGGUGUUGAACAAGCAUCAGAUUUGCCAUUAGUUGUUGUGAAAGUGGGACGUAAUCUUCGUUUCUCUAUUGGUUAUCUAAAAUAUGAUUUAAUGAAGUCCUAUACAUUUUCACAUGCAAUGCUUGGCAUUAUUUUUACGAUUAUAAUUAUUUUAAUUUUGCUGAUUAUCAUUUUGGUUAUAUACCGACGUAAAUCAACACAAGCCGAACGUGAAUACAAACGAAUACAGAUACAAAUGAUUACUUUGGAAAGCAAUGUUAGAUCUGAAUGUAAACAGGCAUUUGCUGAAUUACAAACAGAUAUGACUGAUUUGACAGCAGAUUUAGAAAAUACAGGAAUACCAACUUUAGAUCAUGUAAAUUAUAUUAUGAAAGUAUUUUUUCCAGGAGUUUCAGAUCAUCCAGUAUUAAAUUUUCCAAAGUUGCAUAUGAAUAGCCCGCAUACAAAUUACGACAUAGCCAUGCUUCAGUUUGAGCAACUUAUAAGCAAUAAAUAUUUCGUGUUAACUUUCAUUGAAACAUUGGAGGCUCAAAAAUCAUUUAAUAUUCGAGAUAAGGUGAAUGUUGCUUCUUUGCUCAUGAUUGUCCUAAUGAAUAAAAUGGAAUAUGCAACCGAAAUUCUAAAAUGCCUACUUCUACGAUUAGUUGACAAAUCAGUCGUUAGUAAGCAUCCACAAUUAAUGCUAAGACGCACAGAAAGUGUAGUAGAAAAAAUGCUAACCAACUAUAUGGCUAUUUGUAUGUAUGAUUAUUUAAAAGAAUAUGCUGGGUCCAGUCUGUUUUUGCUAUUUAAAGCAAUAAAACAUCAAAUAGAAAAAGGACUUGUAGAUGCGAUAACCCAUGAUGCGCGUUAUUCAUUAUCGGAAGAACGUCUUCUUCAUGAGCAAAUACCACAUUCUGUUGUAGUUUUGCAUAUUGUCCAAGAUGAUCUGGAUGAAAAGGUACAAUGCAAAGUGUUAGACUGGGAUACUAUAUCACAAGUUAAAUCAAAAAUACUGGACGCUUUAUUUAAAAAUACACCAUUUUCAAUGAGACCCUCAGUUCAUGAAGUUGAUUUAGAAUGGCGUCACGGACGAGGAGGGCAUUUAACUCUUCAAGAUGAAGACUUAACUACAAAAACAAUAAGUGGUUGGAAGCGUCUAAACACUUUAGCCCAUUAUGGAGUAAAAGAAUCAGCAGUCAUGAGUUUAAUGGCACGACAGAAUGAUAAUUAUAAUAUUUGUUAUAGCAAACAGCAUCCACCCUAUCAUAACUUUUAUUACAUAAAUAAUUCUCAGUCUCAUAUUAUUAUUAAUAAUGAUAUUGAGUCAGGGCUGCAGCAACCAAGAAUUUAUCAUCUUGUUAAGCCUGUUGUACCUGAUCACUAUAUGAAUAUUAAGAACAAUGCUAUAUCUGGAGGUGGUAGUAACGGUUCAACAUAUAUUGCUGGAAAUGAUCGGAUUCAUAAAACUAUUCCCGAAGUGUAUUUAACACGAUUGUUAGCAGCGAAAGGAACAAUACAAAAAUUUGUAGAUGAUUUUUUUGCGACGAUCUUAACAGUUAAUGAGGAACUGCCACCUGCUGUCAAAUGGCUUUUUGAUCUAUUAGAUGACGCUGCCCGUCAUCACGAUAUUAUUGAUAUGGAAACUGUCCAUGCCUGGAAAUCAAAUAGUUUGCCCUUACGAUUUUGGGUGAAUUUUAUUAAGAAUCCUGAUUUCAUAUUUGAUGUAAAUAAAACUCUAACUGUGGAUUCAUGUCUAAGCGUAAUAGCACAAACAUUUAUGGAUUCUUGUUCAACGGCAGAGCAUCGUUUAGGCAAGGAUUCACCUUCCAAUAAAUUAUUGUUUGCAAAGGAUAUUCCACAAUAUCGCAAAAUGGUCAAGCAGUUCUAUAAAGAUGUCUCUCGAUUACCGCAGAUAAGUGAUCAAGAAAUGAACACUGCCAUGCAGCAAUUAUCAGUACAACAGAAUGAGGAAUUUGAUACAAUAGCAGCACUUAAAGAGUUAUAUAUAUAUGUGACCAAAUAUAAAGGCCAGAUAUUAAAUGCUCUAAACAACGAUAUUAGCUGCAAUAAAAUGAAUUUGUCUCAUAAACUGGAAAAUGUGGGUUGUACCUUAGAUGGAGAGGAAACUUCCGCUUGCUGACAUUUGUCAAAUCGUACAUCUUUAAAUAUUAUCUCCAAGCCAUUCAUUGAGAAUAAUUUUAUAAAUACGUCUUUAAGUACUUUAAGAGAUAACACGAGAGUCUAUUUAGAAAAUUCAAUUGGAAAUUCAAAUGUUUUUUCAAGUGCAAUUGUGAAUUAAAAUUAUGCGUCUUCAAUUUAUCAACAAAUGUAUUUUAAAUAACAACGGACGAUAACCGGAAUUCAGCAUUUAUUCAACCAUCUGUUUACAAUUAACUAUUACCUGCUAUCGAAUAAUAGCAUUUUACCUAUGAUUAAAGAAAAUCUAAGUUGCAUAUAUAGUCAAUUAUAUUAGUGGUAUUUACAUUCAUAUUUUUUAAAUAGUACGAAAGACUUGAUUCUUAAAAUUCAUGAUUCAUAAUAGCGUAUUUUUGUAUAAUGAAUAUAUUGUGUUAACAUGCGUACAUUUACGUUUAAUCUCUUAAUUUGUAUUUUUACAAUGAAUUAAAUUUUUAUAAUUUAUAUAUAUUUAUGCUUUAAAUGUGAUAUUUUAAUUUUUUCAUUCAAACAAAAUUAUUUUUAAGUAUGUAAUAGUAAUAUUGGGUUAGAUGUGAAGUAUACGGUGUAUUUUAGUCGAAGUGACAUUGUUUUCGUUAAAAACAAUUUUAAUAAGCCAAUUAUUGCUCUCAUUUUUCGAUUAUCUGUGUUGUUUAAUUUUUCGGUUACAAUUAUAAUAAUAUUAAUUUUUUUGGUUAUAUCCAAGAUACUCAAAAAAAAAUAAAUUUUAUGCCAACAACAUAUUGUAAUAGAGAUCGUAGAUCUUAUAUAAUCAAUUAUUAAAAGCAAUAACUUUAUGUUCCAAAAAUCAUUGGAUAUCGUUUGAUGUAAAUUUGUAAAUUAUGUAAAUUUGAUUAAAAUUUUCUACUUAUUUUAUGAGAUACCCAAUCUUAAAGCUUUUACUUUCAAAGUAGUUCUAUUCAAGUAGUUAAAAACUGUUUUUUGGUUAAUCUUAGUUCCAUAGUUUAUUGAAAUUUUUUGAACAAAACUUAACGUACUAUUCCCAGGUACUUCAAACCAUUAAUUGAACUUCAUUUGAUCUGUGUUACAUUUCAUUUUUAUUGUAAUAAAAUUGUAAAAUUUACCAAAUUUUUGAAAAUUUUUAAACGAAUAUUAUUGUUUUUUUUUUGCCAAACAUUAAAAUGUCACAUGUACUGUCAAGGAAAAAUGUAGUUUUAACAUUUUAAAUGUUAUGACUUUUAAAAACCUAGCGAACAGAAAAACACCAAAUACUUUCCGCCUAACUCCAAUAUAUAAAUAAGAUAUAUAAAAUUUGACUAUUUUUUUGUAACUACAACCUGAGUAGCUGGCCGACUACUUGGUGUAGUGAAAAGACUAUAACUAUGUACAAUUAACAUUAAUACCUAUAAAUGAAAUAUUUUAUGGUUUCCGUAUUUUAUCACUUUAGGCCUAAUCUUUUGUAAGCAUAUUGGAGAAAACAUAAAAUAAGUAUUACUUUGGUAUAACACUCGAAAUAUUAAUUUGUAUUCGCGAUCAUUUGGAUCAUUGGAAAUAUUAGAAAUCAACUCAAACAGAACUCUUAAAAAACUUGGAAUAUUAUUAUGAAUAAUGUAUUAUAAAUGUAUGAAUGUUAUUUAUUAUGAAUAUAUACACCGAAAAUAUAGGUUUUAAAAUAACCAAAUACAAAUAGUAAACAAACAUUUUUUUACAACUGACUGGAAACUUGCAUGUAUUUUCAAAUAUCAUUCACGAUAGUCUACUUUAUAUUCAUAUGCUUACAAAAGAUAACGACUAUUUUUAAAUAUUAGCCAAAUUUUUUAAAGUAUGGUAGAUUAUUUCUUAACUUAUGAUUAUUAAGGUUAUUGCUAAAAUGAAAAUUUUUAUGGAUGGUGGCAAGAGCUUCAUUUUAAAAUCAAAUUUAUUAAUUUAAAUGAAACUGUUUGAAUCUUGUGUUCUAUUUAUACUACUUACGUGCACUUAAAACGUUGGUAAGCUUUUGCAGGUUUUUAAUACAAUAAGCUAUGUAAUAUAUAUAUUUCAGUUUAAAAUCGUAAUAGAAUUUUUCGAAAAUGCGUCGUAUUGCGAAAUUAUUUAAUAAAAUGCGGCGCUUUUACACUGAGUGCAUUAUGCAGUUCAAAACAUAAAUAAACAAAACUGCACUGAUUCAAUGAAUAUUUGAGAAAAGUAUUAAUAGAAGUAAAGUUUUAAAUGUAUUUAAGAUACCGAAGUUAUCUUAAAACAAAUUAUAUAUAAUGUAUUCAAGCUCUUCACAAACUUGCCUAAUUGUCUUCUAAAUCAACAAUUAUUUUGCAUUGUCUGAUUUUUGCGAGACUACCUGUCGUCGUAAAAUUUUUGGUGUCGUAUUUAAUUGCUCUGAUAUACAAAAUAGAAGAAAUUAAAACUGUAAGAGGUACGUUUGUUGAGUGAGUUUGAAUUAAGAAAGAUAUUAGAAAUCCAUUAAUGUUUAAUUGUGAAGUUGAGUAUAAGUAUUUGCAGUAAAUUAAAAUAUUUUAAAAUAUUUUUUAUAUAUAAAUAAA